UUUGAAGUUUUAUUUUCUCCUUCAGGUGACUCUCAUUAACUUGUUAAAGACACUAUCUACCUUUGACCUUAAGUAACAAAAAAUGGCAGAUGCUGAGAAUGACCUUCUGGACUAUGAGGAAGAUGAUGAGACUACUGAAGCAGUUGAUGGGACUGCAGUCACUGAUGGUCAGAAGAAGGAUGUAAAGGGGACCUACGUUUCCAUACACAGCUCUGGAUUCAGAGAUUUUCUCUUGAAGCCUGAAAUCCUUAGGGCCAUUGUUGACUGCGGCUUUGAACAUCCAUCCGAAGUUCAGCAUGAGUGCAUCCCCCAGGCUGUUCUUGGGAUGGAUGUUCUGUGCCAGGCCAAGUCUGGUAUGGGGAAGACAGCAGUCUUUGUCCUUGCCACGCUCCAACAGUUGGAUCCCAUUGAUGGGCAGGUUUCAUGUUUGGUCCUGUGCCACACAAGAGAACUUGCCUAUCAGAUUGCCAAGGAGUAUGAGCGAUUUUCAAAGUAUAUGCCUAAUGUCAAGGUGAGUGUUUUCUUUGGGGGUCUGGACAUCUCCAAGGAUGAGCAGGUGCUGAAGGGCAACUGUCCUCAUAUUGUGGUGGGGACCCCAGGUCGGAUGCUUGCACUGGUUAGGUCCAAGAAACUUACUCUGCGCCAUCUCAAGCACUUUAUCCUGGAUGAAUGUGACAAAAUGCUGGAGCAACUUGAUAUGAGACGAGAUGUGCAAGAAAUCUUCCGCAGCACUCCUCAUGCCAAGCAAGUGAUGAUGUUCUCAGCCACGCUGAGCAAGGACAUCCGACCUGUGUGCAAGAAGUUCAUGCAAGAUCCAAUGGAGGUGUACGUGGAUGAUGAGGCCAAGUUGACUCUUCAUGGGCUUCAGCAACACUAUGUCAAGCUUAGAGAGAAUGAGAAGAACAAAAAGCUGUUUGAACUCCUUGAUGUCUUGGAGUUCAAUCAGGUGGUUAUCUUUGUGCGGACAAUCCAGCGCUGCAUGGCCCUAUCUCAGCUUCUUGUAGAGCAAAAUUUCCCAGCCAUUGCCAUCCAUCGGGGUAUGACCCAGGAGGAGCGACUUCAGAGAUACCAACAGUUCAAAGACUUUCAGAAGAGGAUCCUGGUUGCCACGAACUUGUUUGGCCGAGGGAUGGACAUAGAAAGGGUAAACAUUGUUUUCAACUAUGACAUGCCAGAGGAUUCUGACACUUACCUCCAUCGCGUGGCACGUGCCGGGCGAUUUGGAACCAAGGGUCUGGCAAUCACUUUCAUCAGUGACGAGAAUGAAGCAAAGAUCCUGAACUCUGUGCAGGACCGCUUUGAUGUUAACAUCUCAGAGUUGCCUGAUGAGAUUGACCUCUCUUCCUACAUUGAGGGACGAUGAAUGUUUGUUGAAUGGGACCAAAAUUGUGUAAAUUCCAUGUCAGAUGACCUCCAGAUGAAGUCAUUGGCCAUGCUCCAUGUUUCUCUGCAAUGUACAUAUUGUACCAGCAACAUUUCAGGAAAACAUCUUUUAAAUGUUCUGUGAGGUAGGAUAGAAAUUUGAUUAAAGUGUGGAGCUUGUCACAUC